AUGUCUAUUCAUUAUAAUAACAACACUACAAAUACCAAUAACAAUGCCACUGAUUUAUCUCCCUCUUGUUUACUUGAUCGUUUUGGACUUUUAACAAAAUCUUCAUCCACAUUAUCAACAGCAUCUACAAAUUAUUCAUCGGCUUCAUCGACAUUAUUAUCACCUACAAAUAGUUUAGUAGCUCAAAACACUAAUAAUAGUCAUCGUCAUAUUAACAAUUUAACAAUUGAUAAUUCGGAUGGUGGCUCUGUGGAUUCUGAUUAUACAUCAUUAGCUAGUUCAAAAUUAUUUGGCAAUGGUUCAUCAAAUAGUCUCCAUCGACAAGGACGUAGUCAAUCGAUUGAUGAAUUAGCUCAACAGUUGACAACUACUACAACAUUUCCAACAAGACAUUUUUCAACAACAUCAAAUUAUAAACCAACCAGUUCACUUAUGAACGAUCCAUUACAAUUCGUUAAAGUACAACCCAAUCAUGAUCUUAUCGAACGAGCCCAAGAACAAUUGACAUUAACUGAAAGGAGACGAUUACAAGAAAAUAAUUUGAGGUUAAAUAAUUUGAAUAAUACAAAUUCGAAUACGACAAUAUCAACAACAACAAGUCUAGAAAAGAAAACAGAUGAUGAUACAGAUUGGUCGAAAGUAAGUGAAAUUUUUUUGUUAAUUGAUAAAAGUUUUAUAAGUUUAGCUUGCAACUUGUAA